AUGGCCAGCGAUCAGGGAAGGGGUAAAGGACAAACUGGGAUCGGAUUCUGGAAUUGUGCCAGAGCUUCAUACAGCAAAGAGACCCAGGACCUGCUGAAAGUGAUGAUGCAGGAAUCCAAAUUGAAUCAAUUCCAGCAGAGACAGCUUAACAGAAGACUUCAGGAAGGAGAUGCUCUUCCUGUGAGCUGCAAUCCUAACUGCAGCAAGACUUCAGCUCCCCCUCCACUACCACCAGCCCCAUCUGUCCGCGUCCAUCCCUCCUCCAAACCACACCUGCGGCCUGCAGAAAGUUGCCGUGCUGGAGACGCAUACCAACGGGAAAAGUUUCGACCCCGGCCAACAAGGAACUUGGAGAAAGAAAAGCAGCGUCUGCAGAAUCUCAUGGCGACUGGGAAGGACGAUCCUGUGCCCAAUCACAAACCAAAACCCAAGAAGAAGGAAGAGGAGGCACAGGAAAUCGAUCGGUUUGAAGAAUGUAAGUGUUUCGGCCCCAGAGCCUCUGCUAUCAAAGUAUGUAAUGAGAUUGAAGAGAGGCGAGUGUUUCUGGAGCAAAUGGAAUCUCUCGGCCAAGGAAAGGAUUUCCAAGCAAUCAUUCAAACCGAAAUCUCCCAGAAAAUCCGUGAGAUGGAGGAGAUUGACAGGAGGAGGAACAAUGAACUAGAGAUGGCCAAGAGAGAGACAGGAUCCACUUGUUCAUAGUUUCAUGUUGAAUAUCAAAAAAGCCUAGGGUGUUAUAAAUUACCUGGAACAAAUUUAUUUAAAAUAAAAAUAACACCUGCAUCUGGAGCAGAUCCCUGCCAGGGACUGAUUCAAUCCAUUUACAGCCCCACUUGAGCCACAUCCUCAUUUUUAACCCUAAUCACUGCUCUCAGAUUGUUAGAAGCUGCUGGUUCUGCUUAUGCUAGUCCCUUUCAAUUCCUUUAGACCCAUCAUUUCUUUCUUUGCUUGUCUCAUUACCAUCCCUCUUUCACUUUGCACCAUCAACCCUUUUGUCAUUCACAGACCUUCUCUUUAGUUUUUUUCUCUGUUCCCCUCUUUCCCGGUCUCUUUACUUCCUUAAAACCUCUUUCACCUCUAACCUUUUCCAAUUCUGAUGAAAACUCAUCAACGUGUAAUGUUGCUCUCUCCAGGUUAGAGGCUGCAGACCUGCUGAGUAUUUCCAGCAUUUUCUGUUUUUGUUGGCCCCUCAGACCCACACCAAGGUUCCUGAGAUCACAGGGCCAGAUGACAAAUCACAGGGCCAGAUGACUGAGAUCACAGGGCUAGAUUACUGAGAUCACAGGGCCAGAUGACAGAUCACAAAGCCAGAUGACUGAGAUCACAGGGCUGCAUUCAUGUGAUCACAGGGACAGAUUCCUGAGAUCACUGGAUCAGAUAACUGAGAUCACAGAAAGACCACAGGGACAGAUUACUGAGAUCACUGACCAGAUUACUGAGAUCACAGAAAGAUACAGGGCCACAUUACUGAGCUCACAAGAUCA